UUCAAAAUCAAGCUUUUACUUGGAAAUCCCUGAUAGGUUUCAUUUUUCAGCAGGAGGAGUUAAUGUUUGGCAUUAAGGGUAGUCAUCCUCCUUUAGAUCAAGCAGAACUGGUUACCUGAGCAGGAAAGGUUUUUUCUGACGUCAUAAGCACCAAAAUGUGGAGCUGCAGACCGUUGGUCCUUCUGCCUCUUAUCUUCUCAGUGUUUACUGCUGCUGGGCUUUGGAUUGUGUAUUUUGUAGCUCUCCACAAUAAGAAAGUGUUACCUCUGAGCUCAACGUACAGAUAUGGAAAUACAUCUGAAUAUCCUCCUUUCAUAAGCCUCGCAGGCAAUUUUCCACCCGCCAGCUGCCUCUUCAGUCAGGUCAUGAACAUGGCAGCGUUUGCAGGGUUCAUCAUAGCCGUCUUCAGGUACCUUCAGCUGAAGACCAAAUUAGACAAGCAGUGGCUGAACAUCACCAGUGUUCUGUCUUUCUCACUCGCCUGUUUCGGAAUGACAUUGGUGGGAAACUUCCAGGUACUGGAGAUGCCGUUCCUUCACGAUAUUGGCACUUUGCUGACGUUUGGACUGGGCACCUUGUACUGCUGGAUUCAGUCUUACAUCACGCUGAGAGUUAACCUGAAGAACGAGGGAAGGAAACUGGCUAUCUGUCGUUUCCUGCUGUCUGCAGCCAUCACUCUCUGCAUUAUACUAGAGUACUCCCUGAUCAUUAUCCCACAUAUGCACUCAGUCCGAUGCCAGUGGGCCCUGGUCAUGUUGUUCCUCAUCUUCAUCGGCACUUUUUCCAUCGACUUCCAUCACUACCGCUUCAGGAUGAUGUGCAGAGACACCGUGGAGUUUCAGAAUCAGCGGGAAGCUUACUAUUUGUCCUAGAGAAAAAUUGAGAAAGAUUAUUUUUAGCUGCAACCAUCUGAAAAUGUGAUAUGAGGGAGAAGAAUACUUCAUGGGUUUUAUGUACUCAAUCCCAACCUGAAGAAAAUGGUCAAAGGUUAGAAUAAAUGGAUCUAUGAUAUUGGAUGUUAAAAGUGAAUUUCUCCAUUGUGAAAUCAAUAAAGUUUACUGUUUUCA